AUGUAUGGUUCUGAUAACAGCAUUAAACUAUUACCACACAGUUUUGGUUUUGAGACAUACCAAAAUUACUCAUUUGUUCUAUUUCCAGUUGAAUGUUCUGUCAUAAUGAGCACAGAUCAUGAAAAACGCAUUCAAGGACUUAAAGAACUUCAAAGAAUUCGUGUGGGCUAUCAUAAUGAAAAAGUCAAAUAUCCUGUACCAGUUAUAGCCUCUAAAGAUGGAGAAUGGUUACAUCCACGUCCAACUACUAACCAGACAACAACAGUAUUAUCUGAGCCAUCAAACCACAAAAAGGACGAUGAUGAAUUUUGUAAUAAUAGACAGCUACAACACAGUAGAAAAUCGGUUCAAAAAACGACAUCAACUAGAUUGAAUCAUCGUCAACUGCCUUCGUAUCGGCAUUCAUCAUUUUCCCAAUAUCACAUACCGUCGUUAACAGCGACACAGUUUCGAUCAACACCUGAUACUACUACACUAUCACUACAUCACAAUAAUAGUUCAUUUGACGAAAGAUUUCCCUGUUUAUUUCCACCACCAAAUCGAAACGUAUCAGAAAUAAAUCAGUUUGAUAAGUCUCUUCAAGUGUCUCCAAAUCAGAAGUUAUCAAUGUGUUUACGUCGAAAAAUUUCGAAAAACAACCAUCGUUCACCACCACCAUCUCCGACCAAUUCUACAUCUUCAUCGUCAUCAAUUUCGUAUUCUCCUACGCGACAAAGAACACAAAUAGCACAAGCCACAACUGAUUGUCUUAAUGUUAGCCAUUCACCAAUAACCACCUAUAAUCGUUUGUCACUAUCAGCAUCGUCAAUCUCAUCUUGUUCAAGAAAUGAGAUUGGGAAGAAAUCUCUAACAUUACCAAUAUCAUCGUUUCCGCUACCGAAUGAACAAUUAAGAACGGCAGAAAAUGAAUAUAAUAAUGAUGAUGCUCUGUCCGAUUCAUCAUUCAAUCGGAUAUUAACUAGUACUACGACUAUAAAUAGUGAACAGCCAAUGGCACAGCGUCUAUCACGAAAAAUUUUUGCCAAGUUAUUUCCAUCUUUUUCUGUUUCAAAAUCCUGA